AACAUUUUUCAUCAAACACCUAGCAUCUAAAAUGGGUGCAUUUUCUCUAUCGUGUGUCUUGGCCUUAAUAUUCAUUGUUGACAAUCACAUUGCACAUGCCCAGGACUCGCCAGCAGAUUACGUGAACACCCACAAUGCAGCAAGAUCAAAAAUUGAUACCAAUGUUCGAAUUCCAAAUAUUGUCUGGGACAACAAUAUUGCUGCGUUUGCACAAAACUAUGCUAAUCGAAGGAAGGAUUGUAAGUUGAUCCCCUCCGGUAGUGGUGGUCGUUACGGCGAGUAUCCUGGCGAGAAUCUUGCGGUGAGCAAAGGUGACAUGACUGGCGUAGAGGCAGUGAAAUUAUGGGUGGAUGAGAAAUUCAACUAUGAUUAUAAUAGUAACUCAUGUGUUGGUGGUGAAUGCCUUCAUUAUACUCAGGUGGUUUGGAAACAUUCACAACGUGUUGGGUGUGGUAAGGUGAAAUGUGAUAAUGGAGGAACAUUCAUUACUUGCAAUUAUGAUCCACCUGGUAACAUUGUUGGCCAAUUGCCAUACUAAGUUAUUCAUUUGCUUGUAUUAUGAUUUUCACAUGAUAUCUUGUAUUGCUUAAAAAAUUAUAUUUACAAUAUUAUUUAUAAUGUAACAGAAUUAUGUCAAUUUGUUAAUGAUGUGGUGAUAUAUUCAUAACAACAAAAGUGUUUAUAUUUAUUGAAAAUGAGCUAAACAUAUAUAUUUAAGUUUAA